CAAACACUCCAUUUCUAUCGAUCGAUCCACAUCAAGCCUGACUGCUACCAACGCAUGCGCAACCCCGUACGAAUUGGGACAGAGUAUCGGUCAGGUUCCAAGCAAAAGAGAACCCUAGGGUUAGGGUUUUGGGGACGCGAUGGUGAGGAAGGGCGAGGCGGCAGCGGGCAAGACCAAGGCACCGGCAUCGAAAUCCAAGGACGCUGCGAGAUCAGGUACUGGUCCCUCUGCUGCCGAUCUACUGCUCGCCAGCAUUGAGAAGAAAUCCGAGAAGAAUUCCGAGAAGAAUUCCGCGAGCAAGAGCAAGCCCAAGGCCGCAGCUCCUCCGACGAGCUCGUACACAGCUGGGAUCGACUUGCCGCCGUCGGACGACGAGGAAGACGAGGUCGAUAGCGGCGACGAGGUGAAAAAGGAUGCCGGUCCAAGGCACGCGCGGGCUCUCAAUCUCUCCGUCACGGACAAGGAUCAGAAGAAGCGGGACAAGAAGGAGCAGCUCUUGGCCAUGGCCGCGAUGGCUGCCAAGCAAGAAGCUCUCAAGGACGACCAGAACGCGUUCUCGGUGGUGAUUGGGACCAAGACGGCUGUCUUGGAAGGAGAAGAAGCUGCCGAUGCCAACGUGAAGGAUAUCUCGAUCGACAACUUCUCCGUCUCUGCCCGAGGCAAGGAGCUGCUAAAGAAUGCGUCGGUGAAGAUCUCGCACGGCAAGAGAUACGGCCUUGUUGGUCCAAACGGCAAGGGAAAGUCGACGCUCUUGAAGCUCCUGGCGUGGAGGCAAAUUCCAGUCCCGAAGAACAUCGACAUAUUGCUGGUGGAACAGGAGAUUGUUGGAGACGAGACCCCUGCGAUACAGGCGGUGGUGGCUGCCGACCAGGAGCUUGUCAAGCUCAGGCAAGAGGCCGAGCGCUUAGAGAAGCUCUCCCUCGAGGAUGACAAUGAGGAAGACGAAGGAGGAGACAACAACCAAGAGCAGCUGACAACUGUGUAUGAGAAGCUACGUGGUCUUGGAUCAGAUGCUGCCGAGUCUCGCGCCUCGAAAAUUCUAGCCGGGCUGGGUUUUAACAAGGACAUGCAAGUCCGAUCGACGAAGUCUUUCAGUGGUGGGUGGAGAAUGCGAAUCUCUCUCGCGAGAGCUCUUUUCGUCCAGCCGACGCUGCUUCUUUUGGACGAGCCUACGAAUCAUUUGGACCUGCGGGCUGUGCUCUGGCUAGAAGAGUACCUGAUGCGGUGGAAGAAGACGCUGGUGGUCGUUUCUCACGACCGAGACUUUCUCAACUCCGUCUGUACCGAUAUCAUUCACCUCCAUGACGAGCAGCUCCACGUCUACAGGGGCAAUUUCGAAGCGUUCGAGCAGGCGUACGAGCAGAAGAGGACGGCAAACAACAAGAAGUUCGAGACGUUUGAGAAGCAGGAGAAAGCAGCCAAGCGCAGUGGAAACAGGGCAGCGAUGGACAAGGUGAAGGACCGAGCCAAGUUCGCCGCAGCCAAAGAGGCCAAAUCGCGAGGUAAAACGAAGGCCGGGGCAGCAGCGGAGGACGAUGCCGUGGUCGAGAAGCCGCGCAAGUGGAGAGACUACACCGUAGAGUUCCAUUUCCCGGAGCCAACGGAGCUCACACCGCCGCUCAUGCAGCUCAUCGACGUCCAGUUCAGCUACCCGAACAGAGACGACUUCAGCCUCAAGGAAGUGGACGUGGGGAUAGACAUGGGAACCAGGGUGGCGAUCGUGGGACCGAAUGGCGCUGGCAAGUCGACGCUGCUCAACCUUCUCGCCGGCGAUUUGAAGCCGACACAGGGCGAGGCGAGGCGGAGCCAGAAGCUGAGAAUAGGGAGGUACUCGCAGCACUUUGUGGAUCUUCUCACCAUGGACGAGACGCCCGUCCAGUACCUGCUGAGGCUUCAUCCCGAGCAGGAAGGGCCGAGCAAACAGGAGGCAGUGCGUGCCAAGCUGGGCAAGUUCGGGCUCCCAAGCAGCAACCAUCUCACUCCAAUCGUCAAGCUCUCGGGGGGACAGAAGGCUCGGGUGGUUUUCACGUCCAUCUCGAUGUCCCGGCCUCACAUUCUACUGCUGGACGAGCCGACGAAUCACCUGGACAUGCAGAGCAUCGACGCGCUGGCGGAUGCCUUGGACGAGUUCACGGGCGGCGUGGUGCUCGUCAGCCAUGACUCUCGGCUCAUCUCCAGGGUGUGCGAGGAGGAGGAGAAGAGCGAGAUCUGGGUGGUGGAGGACGGCAGCGUGAGGCGCUACCCGGGAAGUUUUGAGGACUACAAGACCGAGCUCAUCAAGGAGAUUGUCGCCGAAGUGGAGGAAUAGACACACACACCCCACCAGGCUAGUAUAGGUCCAACUGCGUUGUGUUUAAAGAGACAAUAAGAUCAUCCUUUGCUGAUGUGCUA